AUGGCGAAGAUCGCCGUCAUCAGUAUUUCCUCCAUCCUUCUGGUGGCCAUGGUGGUGGCCGUGACCGUAGGUGUGUCCCGCAAGAGCGGAGAAGCUGCCGGCGCGGCUUCGGGCGGUGCCGAGAUCUCGGCUUCCACGAAGGCCGUGAACCAAAUCUGCCAGCCUACUGAUUACAAGGAGACUUGCGAGAGUACUCUCUCCGGCGCCGCUGGCAACACGACGGACCCCAAGAAGCUGAUUGAGGCGGCUUUCAAAGUGGCUGUCAAGGAGCUGGGCGAAGUCAUCAAGAGCUCGAGCUUUCUCCAAGAGGGCGCCAAGGACCCUCGAACAGCCGACGCCUUGCAGAACUGCCGGGAGCUUCUGGAGUUCUCUAUUGACGAUUUGAGGAAGUCCUUCGACCAGGUCGAGUCCUUCGACUUCUCCAAAAUGAGCGAAUACGUUGCUGACCUUAAGACCUGGCUCACUGGCGCUAUCACCUACCAACAGACUUGUCUCGAAGGAUUUGAGAACACGACAGGCGACUUCGGGGAACGGAUGAAGAAGUUCCUCAAGUUGUCUGGUGAGCUCACCAGCAACGGCUUGGCCAUUGUCACUGAACUUGCCAGUGUCCUCACCUCUUAUCCGAUUUCCACCGGUAGCCGCCGGCUCCUAUCUGAUGACGGUUUCCCGACAUGGGCCAGCUCUGGCCAACGUCGGCUUCUUCAGGCUAAUGGCGUGAAACCCAAUGUCGUGGUCGCUCAAGAUGGAUCUGGGAAGUACAAGACGAUCAACGAAGCCCUAAAGGAAAUACCUAAGAAGGGGGAGACAACUUUUGUCAUUUACGUCAAAGCGGGUACUUACAAAGAGUAUGUUAACAUCACCAAGCAAAUGACCAACGUGCUCUUGAUCGGCGAUGGACCGACCACGACUAGGAUCACCGGAAACAAGAGCUUCAAAUCCGGCUACAACACAUACAGGACUGCCACCCUUACUGCUGACGGAGAGCACUUCAUGUUGAAGAACAUCGGAGUAGAGAACACCGCUGGACACGACGGGCACCAAGCAGUGGCGCUCCGCGUCGGAUCCGACAGAUCCAUCAUCUUCAACUGCCACAUCGACGGCUACCAAGACACUCUCUAUGCCCACGCCCAUCGCCAGUUCUACCGUGAUUGCACCAUCACCGGGACCAUCGACUUCAUCUUCGGCGACUCCGCCGCCCUCUUCCAGAACUGCAAGAUGGUGGUCCGGAAGCCCGGGCCAAACCAGGACUGCAUGGUCACAGCCCAAGGCCGCACCGACAAGCGAGGAGUCAGCGGCAUCGUCAUCCAGGGCUCCAUCAUCACCGUCGCCCCUGAGUUUGCUGCCGCCGCCGGCGAGCACAAGGCGUUCCUCGGCCGCCCGUGGAAGAACUUCUCUAGGACCGUGAUCAUGGAGUCCCAGAUCGACGGCGGGAUCGACCCAGCUGGGUGGGCCCCGUGGCAGGGCGAUAUCUACCUGGACACUCUCUGGUACGCGGAGUACAAGAACAAAGGCGCCGGGGCCAACAAGAGCAAGAGGGUUAACUGGCCUGGAAUCCAGAAAAAGAUUUCUGCCGAUGUGGCUCAGACGUUCACCGCCCGCCAAUUCAUCGACGGCGAUCUAUGGAUUCCGUCCACGGGAAUUGCUUAUCUUUCCGGCAUGAAAUCGUAA